AGGGGGUACAUCCACCCUGCAGCUCUGCUGACCAGGGACAGUCGCAGUGAAAGCGUCUCCCUCUUAGAUGGGGUGCUGACCAGAUGCUCAGGGCCAUGACGCUGGCAAAGGGCCCCUGCAAGCCCUCCCGCACCCACUUCCUGCUCACGUGGACCUGGGGGGCUCCCCUGGCCCCCGCGACAGGGCGGGCACGGCAGUGUUCCCAGCAGCCCUGCACACAGAGCCACAGGAGCAACACGUGUCUCCUCUUAUGCUGUUGGAUGCAACCCUCAGGGCACCCCCGCUGGACAGGCCAGGUCUCCCUGCCAGGGGGCACCCGGCAGUCUCCCAUCAACAUCCGGCGGAGGGACAGCGUCUACGACCCCCAGCUGCCGCCGCUCAGGGCCUCCUACAGUGCUGCGUCCUGUCAGCACGUGUGGAACACGGGCUACCUCUGCCAGGUGGAGUUCGACGAGGCCAGCGAGGGCUCAGGGAUCAGCGGGGGCCCCCUGGAGAACCACUACCGACUGAAGCAGUUCCACUUCCACUGGGGGGCUGGGGACGCACGGGGCUCCGAGCACGCCGUGGACGACCUCACCUUCCCCGCCGAGCUGCACUUAGUUCACUGGAAUCCCUCGAGGUACCCGAGUUACCGGGAAGCAGUCCUGGGGGAGAAGGGCCUGGCUGUGAUCGCCGUCUUUCUGCAGCUGGGCGCCCCGCUCCAGGCCCUGCAGCAGCUGGCGGAUGUCUUACCGGAGAUAAAACACAAGGAUGCGCAGGUGGCCCUGGGCCCCUUCGACCCCUCCUGUCUGCUGCCUGCCUGCCGGGACUACUGGACCUACGCAGGCUCCCUCACCACCCCACCCCUGUCUGAGUCGGUCACCUGGAUCGUCCACAAGCAGCCCAUCGAGGUGGCUCCCAGCCAGCUGUCCGCGUUCCGGACGCUGCUGUUCUCCGCACCGGGCGAAGAGGAGGAGGCGAUGGUGAACAACUACCGCCCGCUUCAGCCCCUGAUGGACCGUGAAGUGCGCUCAUCCUUCCGGGCACCGACUCAGAGUCCGCGUGAACGGCCAGAGCAGAUGUGGCAAGGGCGGCGGGUGCUCCAGGCUUCCCCAUCUGAGCCCCAUGGCCCCCGAGCUAAGUAAAGAGAAAGGCCCUCGCUCCCGCCAUGCGCUCUCCAUCACCAGUGAAAGAAGUCACUCUGGAGAAAUGCAGUUGCGCCAGGGAGCGGAACCCUGGGACACGGGCACCUCCUGGGGCCUGGGCAGUGUGAGGCUGCCCCCGUCCAGCCAGCCACCUCAGCUGGGCCGCCACCCUCACCCACACCCCCCUUCCUGCUGCACGUGGUGUCCUCCGUCGGUCGCACCUCCCAGCGACGCAGACUGGCACUGGCGUUGUCCUUUUCCCCACUUCCUUUUCCCUGGCUGCACCUGUGUCCUGGGCCACCACCACAGCCCAGUACGGCAACUCGGUGGCUUAGAAAGAGAGGAAUAAACUCUGCCGGGAGGCCAGGUGCUAGAAGUCUCAGCCUGCGGGGCUGGCUCCUCUGAUGCUGCAGGGGAACUGCUUUCCUGGCUCCUCGAGGGGCUGCCCACUUUCCUGCCUGAGGGCCGGUCCUCACCUUCAGACUGUCGCCAACCUCUACUCCAUGUCGCAGCUCCUUGCUUAGCCUGCUGCCUCCCUGGCAAAGGACCCUGCGAUUCCCCAGGACGAGCUUCCCAUCUGAAGAUCCUUGACUGAAUGCCAUCUGUCAUGCCAGGUGCAGGACUGGGACCCGGGGUCCUUGGGCCUCAGCCCCCAGCCACGAGGCCCUGGCCCAGGCAGGGUCGUGUGAGGUAAGAGGGCCUUGAAGGGCGGGCAGAGCGGCCACACCCUCCCUGAGCAUCCCUGGAUGCUGGCUUCCGGCCCAGCUGCCAGACUCGGGCCUCAACAUCUCCCUGGGUGCCCCAGGCCCUGGGUUUGUGCCCCAGCUUCUGUGGGGACUGUCCCUGGCCCGCAGCCCUGAAAGCACCCCAUGUCCGAGAGCUAGCUUCUCUCUUGGUCCCUGCCACAUGCAUCCUGCUGGAAGGACAUCCAGGGCCACCCUGUCUAAAUCGCCACCCCACCUUGGGGCAAAGAGAGCUCUGCGACCAUCUGAAUACUCAUUUCACGAACAUGUGGAAAUGACCCCAGCGCCCCGGCAGUGCCCUUCCCACCGAGGAGCAGCACCCACUAAGAGCAGCAUCGUGAAGCAGAGGGGACACCUGGCAGGCGCCCUUUCGGCUCCGUCAGUCUGGAUUUCUCUUUUCUAGUUAGAAAGCCUCUCAAUCCUUACAGCAUUUUAAUUUGCAUGGCAUUAGGUUCUUUCCCCUAGGGUAGAUACACAGGUCCACAAACCACCUAAUCCUGUUAUCUCAGGACAUUUCCGUACCAUCAGGUCAGCAACAAACAACGGCUCCAAAAGUCAAGCCAAGCUGUCCUGUUUCCCAAGGCCUGGUGACAAGCUCCGCUCCGCUGGGAGAGAUAAGAAGUGCCCUCCUGUUACGUCUGCAGACUGUACCUAGAAUCGCAGUGGGGUUUACUUUGGCAGGGCCCUGUGCUUCUCUCCCAGGGCAGAACUUCCUGUGGCAUCAGCACCGUGGCCGGGGGGCCCGGUGGGGACCUCAGGGGCAGCCUGGAGGCCACUGCUGGAGAGCACAGUGGUGGAGGAGCCAUGGAGCUGGCCCUGUUCCCGGCACCGUGGGUGCCACAGCGACAGCUGAUGACGGCAGAGCACCAGAGAGACGAACGGCUGUGUCCUGCAGAAGGGAGGAGAGAGAUAUUCCUAGCUUCAGAUUGGACCCAAAUACUUUCUGCCAGUUGGGAAAUGCAGCCACCUACUUGGGUCUCCGUCACAGGACCACAUAUCCUAGGGUCACUCUACCCCGAGGCCACAGACUCAGUGGCUUCUGACAGAUGUGUUGGCCGAAGCCCAAAACUCUAGCUGAGCUCAGGUCAGGGCAUCCUGGGCCAGCUCCUCUGGGGCGUCCGGGGCACCUGUUUUCCCACCCUUCCCAGCUCCCAGCACGCGUUUGUCCGCUCGGCCCCUGCUCCGUUGUCCACACCAGCAACACGGUCUCCCAGAUCUCUCUGACCGGCCCUCUUGCCUCCCGUGGGAGGGCCCCGUCCUGACACUGAACCACGGGCUGAUCCAGGGCACCCCCUACGCGAGGUCCUUGGCUUCACGACAUCUGUGAAGUCCCUUUCCACAUCCGGGUCCUGGGGUUAGAUGGACCUCACUGGCUGUUCUCUGCUCACCCCCCUGCCUGCAAACCGGGGCUCUGGUCAUGGGGCCCAGCCGCUGGGGCUGCCGUCGGAGUGGUGGAGUGGGGUGGCACAAGGGGCUGUGGGGCGCAGGGAGUGCCAGAGGUGUCGGAGGGGCUUUGCCCCAAGCACCCUGCAGCCGAGAGCAGUCAGGCUGCACGGUGUUGGAGCAGCCCCUGGGCACACACAGCCCCUGAGCCCUUCACACCCAGGCGGCAUGAAGGAGCAGCGAGGCCUGAUGCGCUUGAUCUUAGUCAGCUAAGGCCUGCGAGCGGCCCAGGGCCCCUGUGCCACGCCGGGUGGUGCAGCGGCCAUCAGCACGGGGCGAAGGUGGCAGUGGGAGCCAGCGUGGAGCAGUGUACCCAGCCUGCCGUGUACCACACGGCACUCGCUUGACGCAGUCGCUCUCUGCCUCCCGGGCCCCUGGGUCUCUGGUCACCAGACUCUGGCAAUGAGUGGGGCCGUGGAAGACGGGAAGCACUGUGCACUGAAGGGGGUGCAGGGCUGCAGGAAGACAGGACAGGACAGGGAACGGGGACCUCGUGAGGGUCACCGUGGCAGCCCAAGUGACCUCCUCUGCCUGCUCCUCCGCCACCAAGGCUGUCAUGAGACACAGCUGCCGCCCAGCUGCCAGGAAGUCUGGGCUUCCAGAGGCCCUGGCUGUGAUGCGUCCUCAACAAACUGUCUAGCAUCCGACUGGAGCGCAGGGUCGGGUCUGAGGCAUCGGUGGAGGUGGACAGCAACCCGGAAGGCUCUGCUCCUGCAGCUUCCCCUCACUCACAGCCAACUCAUUAGGUGGCUGCGGGUUUCCAGCUGUGCUGGCACUGAUGCUGUCCAUGCCAAUCCCGGCCCACCUCUGAGCCAGGCACAGUGCAAGCCUCUGCCUGCAUGUGCAGCGCCCCUCACCCCUGCAGGUCAGGCCCCCGCCGGGGAGCUCCUCACCCCAAAGCCUGGGGGGAACGAGGUUGAAGCUCCCGAAGGUCAGGGAGCCAUGGUGGGGUCAGGAACCAGAGCCAUCCUGACCGCCUGAGCUGCUGUCACCAGCUCUUGAGUAUUCUCCAAAGCCCUCCUGCUUCUAAGGGGAAACUGAGGCUCACCCACCCAGGCAGCCAGACAGGCAGUAUUUCGCCCUACCCCUUCCAACCGGUGCAGUUAGUAAAUUUAGAAAAACUGCAGCGCGAUGGUGAGCUCUACACCCGGGAAGGCUGUGCGCGCAGCCUGAGGGGUGAGGAGACCCUGGAGACAGCGUCUGCCGGGGACAGGACCGCAGGCCCCUGGCGCGGCGCGGGGGAGCCACGGCCACUGCUCCAUGGGCCUCCACCCCACGGGGACCUGGAGAACGCGAGGAAAGGCCGAGCGCAAGAAGGGACGCAGCACCCCGGCCCCGCCCCCAGCUGCGUGGCAGGCUCACGUCCACGGGGACGCCGCGUGGCACACGCACAGCUCUCUCGCUCUCCCGCAGCGCAUGGUCACGGCCUCCUGAAAAUGUGCUCUUUAGCCACUAUUUUUAACCCUGGCUUCAGGGCUGAGACACUGACACAUGCCCGGGAAGCGGCCACGCCAGGACACGCUGCUGAAAGACCCAAACAGCCAGAGGAAAGACGUGGGUCUGGGCCCUCAAAGCAACCACACUGCAAACAAAGCCAGGAGCCCCGCAGCCGUCCGUCGGGAGGCCAGGGACAGUGCCAUUGUCUCGGACAGCCUCCGGGCCCGCUUUGAAAGUUCAAGGCUUCCUCCCUUUGCUUUCAUGUUUUUUUCUCGCUUUGUGAAAACACAAGAACACAGGUGUGUGAGAACAAACACUUGCCGACUCCGGCAAAGCACGCCUGCACCUCCCCCUCCCGUCCUGGCACGUUUAGGGUGACAUUUCCUGGACCAGGCCCCCAGGGAGGGCCCACGCCCAACCACAGACCCGAGGACUCCCGCGGUGCUGACCAGCGGCUGUGGCCCCCGCCUCUGCCCACAGCCUGAUCUGUGCUGCCCAGGAUUUGCAGCCCCUGCCGCGGCUGCUCCUGAGCCCAGCAUCCCCUAGGCAGGCGGAAGGUGUCGGCCCUUCAGCCAUGGGCCGUCCCUCCUGCUGUGUCCCCAACUGGAUGGCCUUUCAGAAAAUAGCUCCUCCGUCUACCCAGAGCCAAGUGGGACUCAGGGAGGACCCAGUGGGUCCCCUCAGCCCGUGGCCCCCAUCCCCAGGUAUCCAUGGGGUCUGCUGGCAGCACCCCAAAACCUUCGCAUCUGAUAGCCCCCUGCCACCCCUCACCUCCCGCUCAGCCCCUUCCCCACAGCUCUCUUCGAGUCCCCAGCAAACCCAGGGACCAGGCCAGGGCGGGGAUCUGAGAAACCCUAACUUGGUCACGUUGCUCCCUGCACAACUGAGCCUCCUCAUUGUACCAGGAGCAAAGCAGGCGCUACCUGGGCACAGCCUCCCGCCUCAGCCUCCUGUCCAGAAGGCCUGUGUUCCCCAGAGCUCCCUCGCUCCCCUGGGCUGUCAAAUACCAGCCCAAAGAUUUUCCCAAAGAACUGAGCUCUAGCCAGAUGUGGUAGUGCACACCCAUAAUCCUAGCACUUGGAAGGCUGAGGCGGCAGGAACACAAGUUCAAGGCCAGCCUGGGUAAUUUAGCAAGACCCUGGCUCAAAAUUUAAAAAGGCUUAGGACAUAGCUCAGCACUCUUUGGUACCCCCCCCCCCACACACACACACUCACGCACGCGUGCAUGUGCACACAGAUGUUCCGCCACAGCACAGAGGAAGCCUGGCUGAUUUUCCAGUGCUGAGAUUCAUCCCUUUGUCAGAAUCUCCUGUGUCAGCUUGGGAAUCUUUUCCAACAUGGCUGAAAUGUCUCUAAGCAUGGGAGUUAUUUUUAAGCAGUGUGAAAUCCACUAGUCCUUUUCCCUGAAUUCUGGAAACUCAGAGAGGAGCUGGCCAGUGUACACGGCCUUGAACAGAGCCUCGCCUGGAAGGCAGGCCAUUUGUGCACACGAGGUGUCCCAUAUGUGGCAGCUCUCGACCACCCAGAUGCUGCGCUCCCAGGGAGCGCCCAGCACAGGCUGCAGCCACUGUGUCUCUGUCCAGGAAGAACGGGACGCAGCCCGAGCCCUGGUGGAAGUCGCAUGUGGCAGGAGCACCUGAGCCCUGGGGUACAAGCAGGUGUGCACUGCAGCGGUGGGGACCAGCAGGAGGACAGGGCCAGGCCAAGGCAGGGGAGUUGGUGUCUGGGCUGAGACAGCUGGCUGUGACACAGACUCGCUUCCACAGUGUCCCAGCUGCAUCCUGGGCGCAGGAGGUGUUGGCUUUUCAGAAGUGGAAACUGAGGCAGAGGUCAGCCCUGUCUCACCACGAGGGCCCCUAAAGAAUGGCCACUCUGCAGCCUUCAGGAUGGGGUGGGCGGCCGAAGGCACUUGCAGAGCAAGGUCACGGAGGAGCAGUUUAAAGCUCCCGGGAUGAAGGGACCCCAGAUCCUCAAGCUACCCUUGGCAAGGCAGAAAUCGUGCCCGGUUCCAUUCUGAAGUGUGCCAGUCCCAAGCCACUGAGGCCCUGGGCUCGCUGCUCCCCAGACAUGCCUGCUACAGACCACAGUCCCGAAAGCUUGUCAAAGACAUCGAGUCCACUUCUGACCAGCAUGGUGACACACAGCUUCCAUCCCAGAGACCCGGGAGACUGAGGUAGGAGGACUGCAAUUCAAGGCCAGGCCAGACGACUUACUGAGAAGUUGACUAAAAUUUAGAAAUCAAAAGGGCUGGGACGUAGCUGAGUGGUACAGUGCUCUCCUACCAUGCGUGAGGCCCUGGGCGAGGGGAGCAAACGUGCCUUUCCGAAGGCCCAACCUAUCCAUGCCUGUCCCUCUGGAACGAGAGGAAUGGGAGCAGGGCUUCAUGGAGAGCAAGUCCUCUCUCCCCACAAGAAGCAGAAGCCAGGAGUGAGUGGGGACAAGGAGACAACCCUUACCUGCUCCUUGGCUAGGCUUUCUUCGACUUUAGCACCUGUGAGGGGAGUUUUAGAGAGAGCCCCAGAGAAAAAAAUAUGCUUGUUGGAGAAACAACCCACAAGUGCAAGAGCCAGGUGUGGUGGCACACACCUGUAAUCCAGUACUUGGGAGGCUGAGGCAGGAGGAUCACCCAGAGUUCGAGGCCAGCCUGAGCUACACAGUGAGACCCUAUCUCAAAAAAAACAAAACAAGAACCUGAGAAGCACUGGGCAAUAACCCAAGACAGCCAGAUGCUGACAGAAGCAGCUCCCGCCCGUCUGUGUGCCGCCUUGGAGCCUCGCCCCACCCCCAGGUGCGAGGGGCUCCCUGAGGAGCUGUCACUUCGAGAGACGCGCUCUGGCCCCAGGCGCUGCACAAAGGCCACCCGUUCCUGACACCACAGCCUGGGAAAACGUCCCCCCCAGAAGAGGCGACCAGCCUCCCUGCACACAUCGAGGGGCGACUGCUCCAAGACGGAGCUUCCCAGGCUUGGCGACUCCAGAACCCGCGUCUGAGUAAAGACUCUCCAGGCGGCCUGUGCCGGUCACGUGCGCCACUUCCCACCCGUGGCUGAGCCGCGCUGACCACAGUCAGUCUGCUAGUCGGCGUAUGCUGGGACGGCUUCAAACACGGCACACACGGCCAUGCCCCGGAGAACGCCCCGGAAGUAGAACUGCUGCUCAAAGGGGAUGCACAGUGCCAGGUUUUUGAGAGAAACCUCCCAAUUUCCAUCUAGAAAGAAGCGACUCUUCCUGUCGCCCGCCCAAGAGGACACAGGACCUCCUGAUAAAUGACUGAGACAAAAGGUGCCGAUAGUCCAGCCGCUAGGUGGCGCUCCCGGCAAAGAUUUUUCGAGUCCGAAGCCGGGUAAGGCGGUAUGGACUUGUCCUUGGCCGAGGGAGGCUGAGAUACUGAGAGGGAAAGGUGGAAAGAUACAGGCGGGGCUUGAAUUUUAAAAACUCAUCACGGUAAACGACAGAUCAUUGAGAACGAUGAGACAAAGGCGUCCAAGUCAAUCAGGAGUACUUUGAGAAUUAAUGGCAACAUGUCUGUUACUGUAAUAAAAAUUUUAAUUUAAA